UGACCCACCCUGUCUCCUCCAGGACUCGGCCGCCUCCCCAGCUGUGAGCCGCAGCCUCGCCCGUGAAGACGGGCCCACCAUGUUCUAUGGGACCCACUUCAUCAUGUCUCCGCCCGCCAAGAGCAAGUUGAAGCGGCAGGGCCAGCUGCUGUCCAGCGUGCUGUCCCGCACGCUGAGCUACAAGUACCGCGACCUGGACACCACCUUCGCCGACCUGGGUGCCAGCGACGACCCGGCGGAGCUCUCCACUCGGCUCUCAGCCCCCGGGGUCCUCAAGGUGUUCGGGGACAGCGUGUGCACGGGCGCCCACUACAAGAGCGCGGAAUGCGUCCGGGUGUUCGGGGACAACGAGAAGCCCCUCCUGAUCCAGGAGCUGUGGAAACCCCGAGAAGGCUUGUCCCGGAGGUUUGAGCUGAGGAGGAGGGCAGACGUGGAAGAGCUGGCGGCCAAGGACGUUGACACUGUGACGGCAGGUGAGCAGCUCCGGGAGGAGACUCGCCGGCGGGGCUGGUCAGGGCAGGUGGAGGCCGAGGGGCGGCAGACCACAGCUCGUCUCGGCCACGGAGGUCGCGGUGGCGGGGAACGUGGCGUGGCCGGGCCAGCGCUAGAGAGGAUGCCGUUUCCGGCGACAACCCCGGGAUCACAGCAGACCCCGCCGCCACCCAGGCUCUAUGGCAUCUCCUCCCCCAUCAGCUUAGCCGCCCCCAAGGAGACAGACUGCGUACUGACCCAGAAAUUAAUUGAAACCCUGAAGCCCUUUGGGGUUUUGGAAGAGGAAGAGGAACUGCAGCGCAGAAUUUUAAUUUUGGAAAAAUUAAAUAAUCUGGUAAAGGAAUGGAUACGAGAGAUCAGUGAAAGCAAAAGUCUCCCACCCGCUGUGAUUGAGAACGUCGGCGGUAAAAUCUUCACGUUCGGCUCCUACCGGCUAGGGGUGCACACCAAGGGCGCCGACAUCGACGCGCUGUGCGUCGCGCCGAGGCACGUGGACCGCAGCGACUUCUUCACUUCCUUCUACGACAAGUUGAAACUACACGAGGAAGUCAAGGACUUAAGGGCGGUGGAGGAGGCGUUUGUCCCCGUUAUCCGACUGUGUUUUGAUGGGAUAGAGAUUGAUAUUUUGUUUGCAAGAUUAGCACUGCAGACUAUUCCAGAAGACUUGGAUCUAAGAGAUGACAGUCUGCUUAAAAAUUUAGAUAUUAGAUGCAUAAGAAGCCUUAAUGGUUGCCGGGUAACCGAUGAAAUCUUACAUCUAGUACCGAACAUUGACAACUUCCGGUUAACUCUCAGAGCUAUCAAGCUGUGGGCCAAAUGCCACAACAUCUACUCCAAUAUAUUAGGGUUCCUGGGAGGCGUUUCCUGGGCCAUGCUCGUAGCAAGAACCUGCCAGCUGUAUCCAAACGCAGUGGCAUCAACUCUUGUACGUAAAUUUUUCUUAGUGUUUUCUGAAUGGGAGUGGCCAAAUCCAGUGCUACUGAAAGAGCCUGAAGAACAAAACCUUAAUCUGCCCGUAUGGGACCCAAGAGUAAACCCCAGCGACAGGUACCACCUGAUGCCUAUCAUCACACCGGCAUACCCACAGCAGAACUCCACCUACAACGUGUCUGUGUCCACAAGGAUGGUCAUGAUCGAGGAGUUUAAACAAGGCCUUGCUAUCACACAUGAGAUCUUGCUGAGUAAGGCAGAGUGGUCCAAACUGUUUGAAGCUCCAAGCUUCUUUCAAAAGUAUAAGCAUUAUAUUGUACUUCUAGCAAGUGCACCAACAGAAAAGCAGCGUCUAGAAUGGGUGGGCUUGGUGGAAUCAAAAAUCCGAAUCCUGGUGGGCAGCUUGGAGAAGAAUGAAUUUAUUACGCUGGCUCAUCAGCAGGACAGCCUGGUGUACGUGCUGAACCGGGAGCGCCACACCGUGGGCCAGAGGACGCCCUCCAGCAAGCCCAGCAUCAGCCUCUCGGCCCCCGACAUCCUGCCCCUGCACUGCACCCUCCGCCGCCACCACCCCUCCGGCCGGGAGCAGGCCGGGAGCCUGCUGGUCCUGGAGCCCCUUCCCGGGGCGCCGGUCGCCGUCAACUUCUCGGAGGUGGGGGGCCGGACCGUGGUUCUGCGCCAUGGAGACCUGCUGUCCCUGGGCCUCUACUACCUGCUGCUGUUCAAGGAGCCGGCACAGGCCCAGCCGCUGCCCGCCCCGGCCCUGGCCCGCCUCCAGGCCCUGCCCCACAGCUGCCGGAUGUGCGGCGCCCAGCUUCGCUCCCCGAGUGAUGCGCGGCCGCGGCAGCUGCGCCUGGAGUUCGAGCCCGACGUGGAGGACGCGCUGCUGCAGCGCAUCAUGACGCUGAUCGAGCCGGGCGGCGAGGACCACAAGCUGACCCCUGCGUUCCUGCUCUGCCUGUGCGUCCAGCACUCCGCCACCCGCCUCCAGCCCGGCUCCUUCGGGCAGCUCCUGCUCAAGAUCGCCAAGGCGAUCCGCGAGACCGUCUGGGAGAAAACCAAGGAGCUGGCGGAGAAGCAGGCGCCCCUCCAGGAGCCCGUGACGGCGGCCGGCUCCUGCCUGGCUGGGCUGCUGCCCGAGCUGCGGCACGUGCUGCUGUGGAUGGCCAACGCCGUGGAGCUCCUGUACUUCGUGCAGCAGCAGGGCCCCGUGUACAUGCAGGGCCUGGAGCAGGGGCCCGACGCCACAGGCUCCACGGAGUCCGUGUUCUCCUGCGCGCUCUCGGCCAGCGAGGAGGCCAUGGCGGAGCUGGAGGAGGUGAUCCUGUACGCCUUCCAGCAGUGCGUGUACUACGUCUCCAAGUCCCUGUACGUCUGCCUCCCGGCCCUGCUGGAGUGCCCCCCUUUCCAGACGGAGCCCCGGGAGAGCUGGUGCCAGGCCCCCCAGCUGCCCGAGGAGCUGCGCCGCGUCGUGUCCAUCUACCAGGCUGCGCUGGACCUCCUGCGGCAGGCCCAGGUGCACCCCGAGAUUGUGUCCCAGGUGCUGGCCUACCUCUUCUUCUUCUCCAGCACCCUGCUCUUCAACCAGCUCCUGGACAAGGGCCCCUCUAUGAGCUGGGCAAGCCUGCAGGCCGCAUUCCCUGCCCUGAGCCCCGCGCAGCUGCACCGGCUCCUGACUCAGUACCAGCUGGCCUCGGCCAUGGGCCCCAUGAGCGUCUGGGAGCCGGGCGCCCAGGACCGCCCCGAGGCCUUCGACUCAGGUGAGCCCCUCCUUGUCAGGACCGCUGGGGGUGGGGCCCUCCCGGGGGCCUUCCCUGGAGGAGCCCGCAGAGCAUCUGGCACCUCCCCCCGGGCCGUCUUCCUCCUCGGUGCCCUGCCCUGUCCCCCACUGGGGGCCUCCACAGCUGGGGGGUCUCCACAGCUGGGGGGUCAAGGAGCCCACCGCCCAUGGCUCAGGCCAAAGGUGCCCCUGACCCUCCUGGAGCCCGAGGAUGGGCCUCACCCAGUGCCCAGCCCAGGAAGAGAGCAGCCCACAUGCUGGGCACCGCUGCACCACCCGUGGAGCGUUCCCGAUCACGUAUGCUCACACACGGUGCACAUGACGCACCUAUGUGUGGUUUUAUAGGUUAGACCUUAGAGAUAGACGUGCGCUUCAUUAGCAUUAUCUAUGUCGUAACAAGGACGGAGGGAAGGACGGUGGAGGACACGAUACAGUGGGCGCGCGCCCUGCUUACCCCCGGUGGGCGUGGAGGCAGCGGCCAUCUCCGAGCAGGACUGCCGGCUCCAUGGGACGCGUUGGUCCCAUUUUCUGGUUCACGGCCAAGGCCCGUGUUGGAGCAGAGCGUUCCUGCUGGAAGGGGCUCGUGUUCAAGUCCAGAGCAGCGUGCACAGGGCCUCUCGAUCCCGGUGCCGCGGGGGCUGCGGGCAGCAUGGCCCGGAGGCCGGUGGGAGCAGGUGUCAGCCAGGGCUGCCGCCUUGCAGGCUGAUGCUC